AUGACCAGUUGUUACGCCCCUUUGAUUCUGGUGAGGUUAAAGCAGCCCUUUUCUCAAUGUUCCCUGACAAGGCCCCUGGCCCCCGAUGGGAUGAACCUAGGAUUCUAUCAGCAUUAUUGGGAUGUAGUGGGAGAGGAUGUGUCUGCUUUUGUUCUGAAUUGCCUUCAUACCUGUUCUUUCCCUGCUGACCUAAAUGACACGAAUGUUGUGUUGAUCCCUAAGAAGAAUAUUCCGGAAAGUGUGGCUGAUCUCAAGCCUAUAGCACUGUGUAAUGUUGUCUAUAAGGUUAUUGCUAAGAUGCUGGCAAAUAGGAUGAAGCAUCUUCUGAGUGGCAUAAUCUCAGAAUCUCAGAGUGCUUUCAUUCCGGGAAGGUUGAUUACUGAUAAUAUCCUGGUGGCUGCUGAAGUAGGCCAUUUUCUGAAUAGAAAACAGUGUGGUGUAGUUGGGUGGGGGGCUUUGAAGCUGGACAUGGCAAAGGCAUAUGAUCGAAUGGAAUGGGUGGCUAGAGGAGCACCCCCUGUUUCACAUCUAUUCUUUGCAGAUAAUAGUCUGCUCUUCUUUAAAGCAAAUAUUCAGGAAGCUGGGGCGAUCAGGCAAUGUUUGGACCUUUAUGAAGGGAUGUCUGGGCAGAGAUGUAUGAACAAGUAUUGGUGGGGUUCUGGCACGGAGAGAGGAAUUCACUGGAAGGCCUGGGAUCCAUUAUGUGUGCCAAAAAAGUUUGGUGGUUUGGGGUUCAAAGACCUUCGUGCCUUCAACUUGGCAAUGCUGGGAAAACAUGCCUGGCGUUUCUUAACAAUGCCCAAUUCUCUGGUGGCUAAGAUUUAUAAGGCAAGGUACUUUCCUAAAUCCUCCUUUAUUGAUGCCUCAUUGGGUAAUUGCCCAAGUUUCUGUUGGAGAAGCAUUAUGGCAGCCCACGGUUUUGUAUGUGGAGGUGUAAGGCGCAAAAUUGGUAAUGGUAAGUCUACUCUGGUUUGGGGCCAUCCCUGGUUGCCAGAUUCUGAGAACCCAUUAAUCAACACGCCUAUGCCACCCUAUUUGAGUGGUGCUCUAGUCUCUGGUUUGAUGAAUGAAGAGGCUAAUGCCUGGGAUCACACUAUUCUAUCUGAUAUUUUUCUACCUAUUGAUGUGGACCGCAUUAAGAAAAUUCCUAUCUCCCCCAACUAUGAGGACACAUGGUACUGGUACGGUGACCCAACGGGUUGUUACUCAGUUAAACAUGGCUAUAGAGCUAUCGUUGGGGAUUAUGUGACUCCACAAGCCAAUUUUGAUGGAUGGAUUUCUCUUUGGAAAUUAAAAGUUCCCCCCAAGUGCAAAGUUUUCCUUUGGAGGGCCCUAAAUGAUAUACUCCCGGUCACUACAAACUUGGCUUUAAAGAAAGUGGAGGUAGAACUUGCAUGUCCAAUGUGUGGCCUUAGUCAUGAAGAUAGUAUGCAUGCUUUAAUUUUGUGUGAUUUUUCACAACUUGUGUGGCAUGAAUCACAUUUAACUAUCACCAAUGUUGGAGGGAUUGAUUUUGCUGAGUGGUACACGAAUCACAUGAGUUCUCUUUCUGAUGAUGAUUUUUGCAUGGCAGUGGCUAUUUUGUAUCACAUUUGGCAGGCACGAAACAAUGCCGUGUGGAAUUCCUUUCUCCCAUCCCAGCGAAAAGUGGCGACAGUGGCAGCAUCCUCUCUUCACGCUUGGCGUGCUGCCAACGUUGUUUCAAGCCUCUCGCUGCUGUCGACGUCGGAAGGGGGUUUGCCGCCUCAUCAGCCCACCGGCCAGAAUGUUGUUACGGACCGUAGGAGGUGCUUUUUUGAUGCAGGUUUUGAUCCAAUAAAUUUAAAGACAACAUUUGGAGCAGUUUUGUUGGAGUUGAAUGGAGAGUUUGUAGCGGCCUGUGCUGGUCCUCUGCUUCAUUGUUUUUCGCCACUUAUGGCCGAGACCGUUGCAUGUAAGGAGGUGUUAUCCUGGCUUACAGAUAGGGGAGUGUUAUCUGUGGAUGUCUUCACUGAUUGUGCCCAGCUGUGCAGUGGAUUGAAUUCGCCCAGUUCGCCCUAUUACUCUUACGUGGGGCUGUUCAUGGACGCAUGCAGAUUGAUUACCGCAUCUUUCAAUUAUUGUCAAUUUAUUUCCAUUCCUUGA